GAUAUAAUUAUUAUUUUCAUACAAGAAAAGAUUAUAAUGAUUCAACUCACAUAAAUAGAGCGAGCAUAAGAUCAGAAUGAGAAACAAUAAUAAAAUAAAAUAAAAUAAAAUAAACCCUCAGACGAAGAAGAUCGAAACGGAGAGAGUUUUGUUGUAAGGAGGAAGAAGAAGAUGGAGCAACUCGGCUUCACCUUCUUCUCCGUUUGAUUUCAUGGCUUCUUCUCAGUCCCAGCAUCGCUGUGUCUUUGUUGGGAAUAUACCGUAUGAUGCAACAGAAGAACAGCUUAUUGAAAUUUGCCAAGAGGUUGGUCCUGUAGUUUCUUUCAGAUUAGUUAUUGACAGAGAAACUGGGAAACCAAAAGGUUAUGGGUUCUGUGAGUAUAAGGAUGAAGAAACGGCUUUAAGUGCUCGUAGGAAUCUUCAGGGCUAUGAAAUUAAUGGGCGUCAAUUACGUGUUGAUUUUGCUGAAAAUGAUAAAGGGACUGAUAGAAAUAAAGAUCAGGGUCGCGGGGGACCAGGAAUGACACCAAAUGUUGACCCUCAGAAACAGGUAGCCAUCCCGGCUGUCCAAGGGGAUUCUGCUCAAGCAGCUCAACAUCAACCUAUUGGUCUUCAUAUUGCCAUAACAGCUGCAGCUGUCAUGACUGCAGCUCUAGGCGGCGCUCAGACUAGUAUCCAGUCAAAUCAAAAUGGUUUGCAGAAUCAGUCAGCAUUGGCAAAUGAUCCUUUAACUUUGCAUCUGGCCAAAAUGUCCAGGAGUCAGCUGACUGAGAUAAUCUCUGAGCUUAAGGGAAUGGCUACACACAACAAGGAGAUGUCUCGGCAGCUGUUGCUUUCAAGGCCACAGUUGCCUAAGGCUCUUUUUCAGGCUCAAAUAAUGCUAGGGAUGGUCACCCCUCAAAUGUUACAAAUGCCGAACCUUAGGCAAGUUUCAGAUCAAGCCUCGCAGUCUUUAAUGAACGAAGGCCUCCUUGGCCAGGCUCAGCAAACAUUGGUUCAAACUGUGGCUGCUCUACCUCCUUAUGGACAGAGCAAAUUGCAGUCUGGCUUGACACCUUACAUUCAAGAAGGCCAAGUCAGCACUCUACCUCAUAACCCCUUGGCUCCUAAUCAUAAUAACCCUUUGGCUCCUAAUCAAUUAACCGCAAAUUCAAAGCCUCCAAUGCAGCCUCGAGCUCCCCUUCAACAUCACCCAAGCAACCAUUUUGUACAGCUCGGAACAGGACAGUCUAAUUUAAUGCAUCCUUCUGUACGUCCCCCACCUUUGGGCAGUUUGUCUGUUAGGCCUCCAAUUCAACCAGUAAAUUCAACAGCUUUGAACCAGCAAACACAUGCCUCGUUCCUACAGCAUCCAGUACAUGUUGGAAACUCAACUGUCUCACAUAAUAUUCAAAUGGUUCGUCCAAAUGCCAGCUUUCAGGCAGGCCCCUCCAUGUCAUCUGGUAUUUCUGGUAGUAGUAAGUAUUUAAACAUGUCUUCAGGAGUAGAGAAUACAGGCAUGAUUAGGGAUAUUCCAGAAUCUUUUACUCGACCAUCGAAGCUCACUAAAUUGAAUGAUGGAAGGGGGGGAUCCUCUCUCCCUGCUGAGACUUCAAUCAUGCCUGUCUCCAAUGGAUCAUCCCAUAUGCUUGGAACUAGUUCAAUACCUGUACCUGUAGUUCCUAAAGCAGAAGUGCGGCAUUCUGAUCAACAAUCUUCACAGCCGCAGCUUCCAACUGAUGUUGAGUCUGCUUUAUUGCAACAAGUGUUGAAUCUAACACCAGAACAGUUGAGUUCCCUGCCACCAGAUCAGCAACAACAGGUCAUUCAGCUCCAACAAGCUCUUAAGCGAGAUCAGAUGCAGCACUCAUAACACACAGCAACACAUGCACAAUUUAAAAAUGCAGCAGCUAUUCAUUUCAGGCGAAUGUGGUCCGUUUUGCCAAAUCAAUUUCCUGAAGACAGUUUUACAGAAACCAAGUCCGCCGCUUGUAUAUUAGCAUUUGAUGUAGAAUAGGUUCAGAAUAUGGAUAUUCUUUUUAUCAGUGUUUAACUUUUUUUAGCGAUUCGUUUUCUAGUUACAUGUCCAAACAUUUAUUGUUGCGGUGAUGAGCUCCAAAUGAGCGUGUAUGAAAUCAUUGGAAGAGAUAUGCUGUACAAUAAUCAUAAUCAUAAUCAUAAUAAUAAUAAUAAUAAUAAUAAUUAUGCUGA